AUGGAACACACAAAGAGGCCGCCUUCUCAGCCCAAGAAAAGGCAAAAUCCCAAUCGGUGUAGACCGAAGUCGAGAGGAGGCUGCCAGAAGUGCAAGCAGCGGCGACGCAGGUGUGACGAGACAAAACCAAGUUGCCAGGAAUGUUCCAAGCGAGGCCAAGCAUGUCCUGGGUACCAGAAACAGACUUUGCAAUGGCGACAUGUCUUCAAAGACGGCGAAGAGGAGAAUCAGUCACAAAAUCGGCUGCAGUCAUUUUUUAGCUGUUCCGAAAAUGCAGACUCGCCUGUUGCUACGCCCAUCCCCACCAAGGAUGACACACAUGGCAUUUCUCACCAUGAGUUCCCGGACAACUGGCAAACAACCCCUCCAAAUAUAUUCGACCAAUUACCGGACUUUUCGGAACCAAUAGAUGCCUGGUUCAACAUUGAAUCCGAAUCAGAAGAUACGUGUAUAGCAAAAUCUAGGAAUGAGCUGGACGGGCUGUCGAUCUUGCGACAGCGACUGGCCUCCACAUCGGUCCCCUCUUUCCUCAUUCAACUACCAGUGAUGCUAGUGCAAUACUACUUCCAUACCGUGUGCAAUCAAUGGUCAUCCUUUGACUGUCCUCUCAAUCCGUUCCGAACAAUUGUCAGUCGACUCUGGAGCCGGAAUGCAGCUAUCUAUUUUGCCAUACAAAGUAUGUCAGCGGCCUCGCUGGCAAAUGACUUUCCAAAUAUGCGAGCCAUCGGAAAGCAGACUCAGCAGCAAGCAAUUGCCUGUCUAAACAAUACCACACAAAAGUGUUCUACGCAGGCAAGUGAUGAUGAAUAUUUCCUGGCGCUUCUCAUGAUUGGAUCCACCACCGGGUGGCAUAAUCCGUCCGAUCUAGGACUUUCAUAUCUGAAGGCUGCUCAGACCCAUCUCCUUAAACAGGAAAGGCGAUGCAAUAAUACAAAUCCCACUUUGGCAAAAGAACAUCCACUAUUCAAACAGUGCUUACUGUGGUGGAAUUGCCUGGCUGCUUUUGUGGCAGAAGACCCACCAAUACUAGACGUGGGAAGUCACAUAGAGACAAGCGAUACAGAUCUCUCGGUAUAUCUUGUCGACGGCCAGGCCUUGCCACAUCCAUGGACUGGAUCUUUGAGAUAUGCACUGACUCUCUUUUACCGAACCGCAAGAGUAAUCCGAGCAGCAAAGACUUUGCAUCGCAGAAGAGCAGAUACUCUGGAUCCAAACUUGAUUGACCUCAGUUCUAUAGCAGAGGAGCUCGAUCUCAGACAAAGGGCCGAAGAGAUAGAAGAAAAGAUCCUUUUCACGGGAUUCUCGUUCUAUUGUGGCCCUGUCGAUAUUGGCGAUACAAAUACCCCGCCAUCACACUUCCUUACGCUGGCCGAAGCAUAUCGCUGCGCCGCGAUAUUACAAAUCUACCAUGUCUUCCCGGACAUUCUUGAGGAAAGAUUGCAGAGAAAUCAGACCGCGGACGAUGAAAACCCAAUCCCAGCCCUGUUUCUGUUGCUCUUUCCAGAACCCUCCAGGCUGUCUUCUCCAUCCGGGGAAGACAUGCGACACACACUGGCAUUGCACAUUGUAUCCCUCCUUGACCAACUGCCGUCGACUUCCGGAACGAAGGUAAUGCAGCCAGUGAUAUUGGCCAGCAUUUCAAGUGAUCUUGUAUUCUCUACUGGGUCAGUGCUUGGUGCCACGGCAGCUGCAAUACCUACUUUAAAUACACUAGAUGUUGAAAUUGCGCAGGCCAGACGAAAGGUCAAAAUGAGGUUGACCGAGCUUAUAUUGAUUCUGCCCAAACUUCCCAUGCAACGUAUUUCUAAUGUUAUACAUGAGACUUGGGAUCGUGCUGACUCCGGCUGCGGGGAGUUUUGGUUGGAUGUUAUGCUUGAUUUGAAUUUGGAAACAAUGAUGGGUUAG